AUUCCGGCGUCGGGGUGGAGCUGUGAGUCCUGCGUGGGUCCGGGAGCCGAGGAAGGUUCGGCUCUCAGGUGCUGCCCGCGGGGAGGUCCUGGUGGCGGAGGGCCACGCGGCCCACCCUGCGGCGCCCGACCGCGACUGAGGUCAAGGUGCCGGAGCCUGCUUCGCACAGGCAGGAGCUGGGUUCUUCAGCCGAGACUUGGAGCCUCGGGACUUCUGCACCUGCAGACGUCGGGAGUCCUUGCGCGGUGCCCGGGGCGUCUUAUUAGGCGGAGACAGCUAGUUUCCUGGCCAAGGCGCUCCGGGCGCCUGACGAUGGCGUCGGGCCUGGGCUCCCAAGACAGGGAAGGGCUCCUGAUAGUGAAGCUGGAAGAGGACUGUGCCUGGAGCCAGGAGCUGCCCCCGCCAGACCCAGGGCCCAGUCCGGAGGUCUCCCACUUGCGCUUCAGACGGUUCCGCUUCCAAGAGGCCGCUGGGCCCCGGGAAGCCCUCAGCCGGCUCCAGGAGCUUUGCCACGGGUGGCUGCGGCCUGAGAUGCGCACCAAGGAGCAGAUUCUGGAGCUGCUAGUGUUGGAGCAGUUCCUGACCAUCCUGCCGCAGGAAAUCCAGAGCAGAGUGCAGGAGCUGCAUCCAGAGAGUGGCGAGGAAGCGGUGACCCUUGUGGAGGAUAUGCAGAGAGAGCUUGGAAGACUGAGGCAACAGGUCACAAACCAUGGGCGGGGAACAGAAGUGCUUUUGGAGCCUUUGCCUCUGGAAACAACACGAGAGUCACCGAGCUUCAAGCUGGAGCCUAUGGAGACUGAGCGAAGCCCUGGCCCCAGGCUGCAGGAGCUGCUAGGCCCCAGCCCCAAAAGGGAUCCCCAGGCUGUAAAGGAGAGGGCAGUAUCUGCUCCCUGGCUUUCUCUCUUUGCUGCGGAAGGGAACACGGAAGACAAAGAAAUGACUGGGCCCCAGUUGCCUGAGAGCUUAGAGGACGUGGCUGUGUACAUCUCCCAGGAAGCGUGGGGACAUCAGGAUGCUAGUAGGAGGGCCCUCUCCAGGGACACGGUGCAGGAGAGUUAUGAGAAUGUGGACUCACUGGCAUCUCAGGCUCCCGGUCAGGAGGCCCUGAGCACCCAGGCGGAGCAAGGAAGACAGCCAUGGGAUCCCAGCCUGCAGACCCGCAGGGAGCGCCUGAGUUCCAGAAACCCAGCGCUAGGGGAAGAGAAAUUUGAGAGCCGAGAAAACAGUGCUCAGUCCCUUUCCCCCGAGAGUGUCCACCCUCAGGUGCUGCUGCCUGGCCAAGCCAGAGGGGAGGUGCCCUGGAGUCCUGAGCAGGGAAGGCCUCGGGACAGGGCAGAAGGGCGGUGGGAGCCUCCCCCAGAGGAAGGGAUGGAGCAGUCCUUAGUGGGGGCCACAAGUUGCAGAGAACUCGCACAACCAAAGGAACUGCAGAUGAAGAAGCUCCACUUGUGUCCUUUGUGUGGCAAAAAUUUCUCUAACAACUCAAACCUAAUUAGGCACCAGAGAAUACAUGCAGCAGAAAGACUGUGUGUGGGUGUGAAGUGCAGUGAACUCUUUGGUGGGAACCCGCACUUUUUAUCACUACACAGAGCACACUUGGGAGAGGAGGCCCACAAGUGCCUCGAAUGUGGAAAAAGCUUCAGUCAGAACACCCACCUGACUCGCCAUCAGCGCACCCACACGGGCGAGAAGCCCUAUCAGUGCAGCGUAUGUGGAAAAAGCUUCUCCUGCAACUCCAACCUCCACAGGCACCAGAGAACACACACAGGUGAGAAGCCCUACAAGUGCCCGGAGUGUGGGGAAAUCUUCGCCCACAGCUCCAAUCUCCUCCGGCACCAGAGAAUUCACACGGGCGAGAGGCCUUACAAGUGUGCCGAAUGUGGGAAGAGUUUCUCUCGCAGUUCACACCUUGUCAUACACAAAAGAACUCACGAGAAAGAGAGGCUUUACCCCUUCUCUCAGUGUGGGGAAACAGGGAGCGAUAGCACCCUCUUUCUUACAAACCAUGGAACCCACAAGGCAGAGAAGAAGCUCUUUGAAUGUUUGACUUGUGGGAAAAGCUUCCGGCAGGGCAUGCACCUCACCAGACAUCAGAGAACGCACACGGGAGAGAAGCCGUACAAGUGCACCCUUUGCGGGGAGAACUUCUCUCAUAGAUCCAACUUAAUCAGGCACCAGAGAAUUCACACGGGAGAGAAACCCUAUACCUGUCAUGAGUGUGGGGACAGUUUCUCUCACAGCUCCAAUCGGAUCCGUCAUCUGAGAACCCACACGGGAGAGAGACCUUAUAAGUGCUCUGAAUGCGGAGAAAGCUUUUCCCGAAGUUCACGCCUUACGAGUCAUCAGAGAACUCACACCGGCUAGAAACUGUGGGUGUGGGUUUUUUCCUUGGUUUUGUUUUUUGCCCAGAUAAAAUGGCAUAUUCAGAGGUUUCUGUUAAGA